AUGGCAUCGAUGGUACCAAGAUUCAGAUGUCUAAAUGCACCUCCAUUGAGACAGGCAUCAAGAAAUAUCCUUGCAAUUCCCACCGCAGCUACACGUUCCUUCGCCACUGAGACAGAUGCAUCCAAGCCAGAACCUAUCACGAAAAGACGUCCUACAUACUUCAAAGACAAGAUCAAUGCCGUCCCAUCGUUUUCCGAGUUUGUGGGCUUGCCAGAUAAGCCCUUAACCCCCGAUGAUGCACUCGAAUUGCGAACUGCGAUGGUUGGGCCACCAGGAAAGAAGAGACAAAUCACCAGAUUACCUGAAUGGUUGAAGACACCCAUCCCCGACAAUUCGAAUUACAAAAAGAUCAAGAAGGACUUGCGAGGUUUGAACUUACAUACCGUGUGCGAGGAAGCAAGAUGUCCGAAUAUUUCGGAUUGUUGGGGCGGUGGUGAUAAGAGUGCUGCGACUGCGACGAUUAUGUUGAUGGGAGAUACUUGCACAAGAGGAUGUCGAUUCUGUAGUGUUAAGACUGCAAAAACGCCAGCGCCAUUGGAUCCUCACGAACCGGAACACACUGCCGAAGCAUUGUCGAGAUGGGGUUUGGGAUAUGUCGUUUUGACAUCUGUGGAUAGAGAUGAUCUUGCAGAUGGAGGCGCAAGACAUUUCGCAGAGACGAUCAUGAAGAUUAAGCAGAAGAAGUCGUCGAUAUUGGUUGAGGCUUUGACUGGUGAUUAUGCGGGAGAUUUGGAAAUGGUGAAAUUGGUUGCGGAAAGUGGUUUGGAUGUUUAUGCGCAUAACAUGGAGACUACUGAAGAACUCACACCGUUUGUUCGAGAUCGAAGGGCAAAAUAUAGACAAAGUUUGAAGGUUUUGGAUGCAGCAAAGAAGGCUAAGCCUUCGUUGAUUACGAAGACGAGUAUUAUGCUUGGGUUGGGAGAGACUGAAGAAGCAUUGUGGCAAACAUUGCGAGAUCUUCGAGAAGUCAAUGUUGAUGUCGUUACCUUCGGUCAAUACAUGCGCCCAACCAAGCGACACAUGAAAGUAGAGGAAUAUAUUACGCCCGAAGCUUUCGAGAUGUGGCGUCAACGCGCGUUAGAUCUUGGUUUCUUAUAUUGUGCCAGUGGACCUCUAGUGAGAAGUUCAUACAAAGCUGGUGAGGCAUUCAUAGAGAAUGUUCUCAAGAAGAGAAAGGGUGUAACGAUAUUGACUGAUGAAGCGACCGGUAUGGCUAAAGCGAUUGUAUAA